AUGGAGGAACUAGUGAAAGAACUUCCUGAUAGCCACCCCAGGAAGAGUAUUACCACUGAGGAAUUGUCCCUUAAUUCCAACAUAUCCAAGCCCACAGCACUAACGGGUACCCUGAAAGUGAAAGUAAAGGGCUGUCACAAGAUUCUAGAGAAUGUACCUGGGAGAGUAAAAGAACCGUCAGUUGUUCUCCCAGGAAAGAGGACACGUCAAAGAAGAUUCUCAUUAAUGAGCCGGAUCAGACGAAACAACCGUGUCGGCAGUCAGAAAAUCCAAGAGACUGUUGGCUUUUCCAACGAGGUCCGUGCUCAACUGAAGAUUGACCAGAUUCCAGUGGGUUCAACCAGUUGGAAAACUGUGUCUAAUCCAUCCUGGAAUGAGACGUUUAAACUGGAGUUAAAUAAGUCUCGGGAGUUAGAAUUGUCUUUAUAUUGGCACGAUCGGAGAUCACUGUGUGCCACAAAGACGCUGAAGUUGGAAGAAUUCCUGGUGAACCGGAAGCAGGAACUGUGUCUACAGCUGGAGCCACAGGGCACCCUUUUCAUCGAGGUGACAUUUUCCAAUGCUUCCAUCCAGAAAAGGCCAAAACUUCAGACAAUUCAGAAAUUCUUCUCCAAAAAACAAGAAGAGACCUUCCAGCCCACUGCAGAGGAGGAUACAGCUAUUGACGUCCUUCCGUUGCCAGUAUCAGACAGUGAGAGCGUGGUUCCAUCCCCGCCAGCUGUCGAUACCGAUGCAGAAAAAAACAUCAAGUCCACAUCAGAGGAGGAUAUAACAUCUGACGUUCUUCCAUUGCCAGUAUCGGACACUGAGAGCGUGGUUCAAUCACUGCCUACUGUCGCUAAUGAUACUGAACAGACCAUCCAAUCAGCAUCUGAGGAGGAUAUAAUAUCUGGCAGUCUUCCAUUGCCAGUAUCGGACACUGAGAGCGUGGUUCCAUCACCGCCCGCUGUCGAUACCGAUAAUGAAGAGAUUAUCCAAUCAGCAUCUGAGGAGGAUAUAGUAUUCAGUAGUCUUCCAUUGCCAGUAUCGGACACGGAGAGCAUGGUUCCAUCACCGCCCGCUAUCGAUACCGAUACUGAAGAAACUAUCCAUUCAGUAUCUGAGGAGGAUAUAGUAUUCAGUAGUCUUCCAUUGCCAGUAUCGGACACGGAGAGCAUGGUUCCAUCACCGCCCGCUAUCGAUACCGAUACUGAAGAAACUAUCCAUUCAGUAUCUGAGGAGGAUAUAGUAUUCAGUAGUCUUCCAUUGCCAGUAUCGGACACGGAGAGCGUGGUUUCAUCAUCGCCCGCUAUCGAUACCGAUACUGAAGAAACUAUCCAUUCAGUAUCUGAGGAGGAUAUAAUAUCUGGCAGUCUUCCAUUGCCAGUGUUUAACACUGAGAGCGGGGAGUCAUCACCGCUGGCUGUCGCUAACAAUACUGAGGAGACUAUCCAAUCAGCAUCUGAGGAGGAUAUAAUAUCUGGCAGUCUUCCAUUGCCAGUAUUUGACACUGAGAGCGUGGAGUCAUCACCGCCCACUGACAAUACUGAUUCACAAGAGACCAGCCAAUCGGUGUCAGAGGAUGGAGCUAUUGACCUUCUUCCAUUGCCAGUGUUUAACACUGGGAGCCAAGAGUCAUCAUGGUCAAUUAGCGUUUCUCCUGUAGUAACAUCGGACACUGAAUCUGAACCAGAAGAGUCUCCUGUUGCAUAUCAUACAUCUUUUUGCAGCGAUCAGCCAGGACAUCAUAUUAGGAUCCCAGAGAGUCUGUAUCGGGAUUCUGGAGCAGGCCAAGAUUAUUCUAGGGACUACACUUCAAACCACGUGCCAUGUGAUACACCUCAGCAUGAUGGUAGAGUGUCCAAUCAGGAAAACAGUGUCCUUCAAUAUCCGCAACAGUAUGAGGACCCACGCAUUCAGCGAGGAGUUCAACUGAGCCUCGAGGAUUUCCAAUGUCUCUCUGUGCUGGGCAGAGGACACUUUGGAAAGGUUCUACUUGUUGACCACAAACGUACAAACACCUUGUUCGCCCUAAAAGUCCAGAAAAAACUAAAGAUAAUUGCAUCUGAUUCUAUCGACUGUCUUAAAUAUGAGAAGAACAUCUUUCAGACCAUAAGCCGCAUACGACACCCAUUCCUUGUGAAUUUGUUCGCAAGUUUCCAGACUGAAGAUCUUGUCUGCUUUGUGAUGGAAUAUGCCGCUGGUGGAGACCUAAUGUCAACUCUUAAUAACAACAUGGCAGCUUUUACAGAAAGCAGAGCUAUGUUUUAUGCGGCCUGUUGUGUGCUCGGCCUCGAAUUUUUACAUCAGAACAAGAUUGCUCACAGAGAUAUUAAAUUGCGGAAUAUCGUUGUAGACAAGGACGGUUACGCCAAAAUUACCGACUUUGGUCUUAGCAAACAAGGGAUGGGAUUCCUCGAUAGAACCAACUCUUUCUGUGGCACACUGGAAUACAUGGCGCCGGAAAUAUUUGAGAGAAAUCCGUACACAAGAUCUGUUGAUUGGUGGAGUCUGGGCGUAGUAAUUUAUGUCAUGCUGUGUGGAAGGUUUCCCUUUACAGGUAAAGACAGAGAGAGAGAGAUAUCGUAUAAGGUUGUUAACACCGAACCUGACUAUCCGGAGUUCCUGUCUGUAGAAGCGUUUUCAAUAAUAAAAAGUUUUAUGAAUAAAAAUUCCAGAACCCGUCUAGGAGCCAGGAUUGGUGCCAGUGCUGUCAAGAAACAUCCUUUUUUCAAAGGAGUAGACUGGAGUGCGUUACUUUCUAAGAAUAUCAUAAAUCAGUUUGUACCAUCCAUUGCCGGACCAGAGGACGUCAGUCAUUUCGACAGAGCUUUUACAACACUGGACCCCAUUCUAACACCACCGGAAGAAUCACCUUUAGAAGACCAAGACCUGUUCCAAGAUUUCGACUGGGUGGCCGAUUGGAUUUGAACAUUGAGGCAGAAAAGGAUGGA